AUGUAUAAUCGUUUUAGCGCCUCGAAUGGAUCGAUCGCCUUUUGGUCGAGGCUGAGAAAAAAUUUUAAGGUUGCUAGUUCAUUAAAUGCAUUUAUUGAUGACAAUGGUGGGGUAGUAAAGGAAACCGAUAAAAUGUUGGAGAUGGCUGCAGGAUAUUACGAGAAUCUUUUUAAAGAACCGGUUGUUUUUCGCCCACAUCCGCAUAUCGAUAGUCCAGAACUCAUUUGGGAUAAUUAUGAUGAAGUCAUUCCACCAAUCACUUUAUCAGAAUUGAUGAAGGUUGUCACGAAACGCAAAAAGAAACAUUCAGUAGAUGCCCACGGGAUCUCCUCAUUCAUGUUCCAGUUCAUUCCAACACCAUUUUGGAUAGGGUUGCUGAAUAUUUUCAACCUUUCGUUAUCAUCUUUUGUCGGUCCUUCAUAUUGGAAAACAGUCAAGAUGAAAUUACUAGCAAAAAAAGAUUCGGUUUGUUUGGUGUCAGACACACGACCUAUUUCAUUGUUGGAUGUGUUCUUGAAAAUAUUAGAACGUUUGUUUUUGGAGCGUUUCCAAAAAAUUUUAUGUAAUCGUGGAAUUUUGCACGAUUCCCAAUCAGGGUUUCGAUCAAAUUUUCGCCUACAAUCGCGUGUACUUCUUUUGAUUGACCAAAUCUCGUCGCUGAUGAGUAGUAGUGCACCGGUGGCUACAGUCUUUGUCGAUUUUAAACAAGCUUUCGACCAAUUAUGGUGGGAUGGAUGUAUUGGUAAACUGUUGCGCCUAGGCAUCCCGAAAGCAUAUGUUUUAUGGAUUGGUACUUGGUUGAGAGAUCGUAAAGGCUUCAUUGAAAUCCGAGGUAAUCGUUCGAGUUAUUUUUCUAUCUUGAAAGGUGGUCCACAGGGGUCGUGUUUUACACCAACAUUAUUCAUUACGUACCAUAGUGACAUGUGGACAUUUCUGGAAAUUUCUCUACCAAAUUUUUUCGCUGAUGAUUUGGCUUGUGUCUUGAGUGGUAUGAUUGGUGUUAAAUAUUCUCUGCAGUGCCGUGACCUGGAGAAUAGACUAAAAACGCUCUUUGACUACUUGGAGUUCUACUCGACUCUUGCCGUACAACCGAUAAAUUAUAAAAAGACAGAGGCUUUAUGGAGUGCCCGAGCAAUAGCUCCGAACAAGUUUGAGAUUUUUUGUGCUGGUAUUAAAAUCAACUGGACGAAUUGCUUUAAAUAUCUGGGAUAUUACAUUUCUUGUAAACUAGGUUGGGGAAAAAUGAUAAACAUUUCAAAAACAAACAUUCGUCAAAGAGUUGCGAUUGUUAAGUCUUGCAGAAUGAGUGGUUUCUCAACUCCUCUAUUUAGAAGAAUACUAUUUUUUACAUACGUGGUACCUUUAUUCACUUGGUUGUUUGCUCUCUUUCCUCUUUUUACAGAUCAUCAAAGAUCUGAUCUUUCUCACUUCUAUUAUACAUGUCUCAAAAGAAUUUUUGGUCUUAUGUAGUGAGUCUUUUUAGCCUCUGAGAGAAAAACAAAAAAAUUCAUAACUUUCUCAGAAAGCAAUAAGAACCCCUUUUGGGAUUUUUACGCAGACACUAUGUAUUUUUUAAACUGACAUUCACACGUACAUGCUUUAUCUAGUGUAAAUAUUGCAAGGGGGGAAAAGCAAAAUGGGUCAUUCCAAACUAUUUUUGACAAUUUUUUCAUUUUUGACAAACUUAUAUACUAUCGAGUGUGUAUUUUGAGAAACAAUGUGUUUGCGCACAUGAUUUAUCUAUGCAAGAGUGGCCGCUUCAAUGAGCGUCUUUUCAAUACAAGAAAAAUGGGGAUACUGUCUACUGAAAUGAAACGGAUCGGGUUGAGUCCGGUUGGAUCGGGUUCGGGCCAACAUAAAAGAUAUUCAUUCAGGUCGCGUUUGGUUGACCCGUUUUGAUCUAACUCAAGUCGAUAUAAAAUAAACUGUCUGAAUUAC